GAAAUCCUAUAUACAAAAUUAAGAGAAGUCUAUAAGUAUAUAUCUUUAUUAUUUUCCUAUUAUGAUUCUGGAACCAAUACUGGAGAAAGAGUACAAGUAGAACUGUGGAAGAAGCAUGCAGUCCUGGAAAGCAUGGGGAAUUGGGCAUGCAGCAAAUGAACAAAGCCGCAGCUCCAUGGCUCAGAAUCCAUGGAAUCACACUGGAAUAUGCAUGCCUUUUCCCUAUAUAAAAUAGUAAAAUAUGUAUUUCAAUAUAAUAAGUACACCAUUGUCACUCUCUGUGGAAGAGCACAAUAACAUCAACAACCUCACCAUCCAUCGAUGUCACAUAUUCACAUCAUUCUCACGAAUCACGGCCUAAUUAGAAAGUCCAAUUCCAAAGCUUCCCAAUACUCCAAAACCCAGCUUAGCAUAUGGCCUUGAUUGGGUUCUCACUUCACUCACAAUUUCUCUGCUCCAAACCCAGGACCUCAAAGCCCAGAAGAAUCGGACCCAGCUCGCCGUCGGGCUCCGCCGUGGUGAAAAUGGCGGUGGCGACACCCACGACCUUUGGGUUCAAGAAUUUGAUAGAGACGUUCACGGUGGAUGUGCAGAGAGCGGAGGGGAGGCCCUUGAAUGUGCCCUUGAUCGCCCCUUUUACUAUUGCAUCGUCGAGGCUGGAGAGGGUGGAGAACGUGGCGAUUAGAAUUGAGUUGAAGAAUGGGUGUGUGGGGUGGGGUGAGGGCCCGAUUCUGCCGUUUGUGACUGCGGAGAAUCAGGCGACAGCGAUGGCUAAGGCGGCGGAGGUUUGCGAGGUUCUGCGGCGGAGACCGGCGAUGACUCUGGGUAUGUUGUUGGGUGAGAUUGGUGAGGCUCUUCCUGGUCAUGAAUUUGCUUCUGUUAGGGCGGGAGUUGAGAUGGCAUUGAUUGAUGCAGUUGCUAAUAGCAUGGGCAUCCCUUUGUGGAGACUAUUUGGUGGAGUGUCAAAUGCCAUAACUACUGAUAUAACAAUUCCAAUUGUUUCCCCUGCUGAUGCUGCUGAAUUGGCUACAAAGUAUCGCAAACAAGGAUUCAAGACCUUGAAGCUUAAGGUGGGAAAGAAUCUGAAUGCAGACAUAGAAGUUCUUCAAGCCAUUCGUGUGGCACACCCUGAUUGCUUAUUUAUCUUGGAUGCUAAUGAAGGAUACACUCCAAAGGAAGCCAUUGAAGUUCUUGAAAAGCUACAUGAAAUGGGAGUGACUCCUGUUCUAUUUGAACAACCUGUUCAUAGGGAUGAUUGGGAAGGUCUUGGUCAUGUUAGUAAAGUUGCAAGAGACAAAUAUGGGGUAUCUGUUGCCGCUGAUGAGAGCUGCCGGAGUUUAGUUGAUGUUAAGAAAAUAGUGGAAGGAAACCUUGCAAAUGUCAUUAAUAUUAAACUAGCAAAAGUUGGGGUCCUUGGGGCCCUUGAAAUUAUUGAUGCAGCAAGAGCAGCGGGGCUUGAUCUAAUGAUAGGUGGCAUGGUUGAAACUAGAUUAGCGAUGGGCUUUGCUGGCCAUCUUGCUGCUGGCCUUGGGUGUUUCAAAUUCAUUGACCUAGAUACACCUCUUUUGCUGUCAGAAGAUCCCGUUCAGGAGGGAUAUGAUGUCUCGGGUGCUGUUUACAAGUUCACAAAUGCCAGGGGCCAUGGUGGUUUCCUUCAUUGGGAUAAUAUUGCCUAAAAUUAAACUUUGGUUGCUUCCACAACUUCAAAACUCUGAGCAACAGCAGAUCUUAUUAGUUCCUCUUAGUUGUCAAUUAUGCUUCCUUUUUUUAAUAAGACUUUGAGGUAGGCCUUGGGUUUACAAAUGGAGAAACAGAGAAGUGGUGCCUGCUUGGGUAAGUAUGCUUCCAGGUGAGAUGUUCGGUAGCAGUGAUUGUGACAUUCAUAAGAUGGAAUUUCCUUGAGUCAUGUACACAAUUAGAGGCUUUGUCUUCACCAUGUUAUUAGGAGCAGUCUGAACUCAAUUUUUUCUAAUUCUUCCUUGUUAGCCAGUCAUUGUGUCUAGAUCAAUGGUUAUGAAUGAUUUUAAUUGUCUCUGUACUAUAUAUUUUCAAUUAUCCUUUUCAAAUACUGUUAUAAUUCUGAUGUCUUUUUACAAUUUAAUCAUAAUCCUUGAUUCUUUCCCAAAAGCCCUUCUUUAUGGGAAAAAAUACAAUGUUGAGAAGAUGCCCCUAGAGGAUCAAUGACCAAGGUAAGGAAAGAAAAACAAAUAAAAUCAAGCUCAAGUAGCUCCAUUAGAGAUCAAGAAAUGACAGUUUCUUUGCCAGAAAAUUUGCUUUGAUAUUAGCCAAUUACUAGAUCCAAGGAUGAGGGUUAAGCGUCUUUCAAAAUUUAUAUGGGUGGCUUUCAAAAUUCCAGUCUUUUAAGAAUCAGUUGGUCAGGAUUCUUUCAUAGAGAACAAGAAAUGACUGUACCACAGGCUUAGGAGUUGUGUGCUAAAUUACAUUCUACAGAUAAACAAGCAAGAGAUAUCAUUACCAUGAACCUGCAAGGCCCCAGUCAUACAUCUCAAAAUUCAAUUGAAUUUGGACUUAGGGCCACCAAGACCUGCCAAUCCCAAUAAAUCCUGCCAAAGACUGUAAGAAAUCCAGCAAUGAACAAAAAGAAGAUAUGUUAUUCUGUUGUUCUUUCUGCAUAUAACACAAUAUUAAAUAUUAGUUUCUCUUGUUAGGAGGUGAGUAUUUCCAUUUCUUUUCUGUACAUUUAGAGUAGCUAUUUUAGCGCCUUCCCGUAAUACAAUACUUCUCUUACUUAUAUAUAAAAAAAUAAAAUAAAAUAUUAAAUAUUAGUCUUUGAAGAGUCUUCAGACAUGGGGCAUACCAUUCGUAUUCACUGUUUGACCUGACCUUGCCAUGGCUCUGAAUUUGCUUUGGAAAUGGCAAAGAGAAAGAAGCUAUCAUUUUUGGUACUAACUGCACACCAGAUUUUCAAGAGAAUUAACUUGAUUUAAGAAUUUGACCUCCAGAACCUAGCAUAAGAGAUUCAAACACCUUUAAGAAUCUCAGGAAGAUAAUACAACACUCAGUUCCACUGAAAAAAUUCAUGGUUUAGAAAGAGGUGGGGUUUCUUGUUAAGGAUCUCUUGAAAUGACAGAGAUCCGUAAGAGCUAAAGAGGCACCAGUAACUGAUACAACUAUUGUCAACAUUGAUUGGAAGGCCACUCUUUGUUUGGAAUCUGUGUAAUUGUUUUCAUUCUAGUAGGUCUCAGCAAAGAUCAGGCCUACCAGGAAACUUUUAUCAAUUCAUAAAGUGUUAUAUCAGACAGUAGGGUAGAAAUCAUUUUUUUAAUCCAGAAAUCAGCAAUUCAUAAAGGCUUGCUGAUUUUGGUUCUGGAAUAUAGAAGGCAAACAAUGUGAUAGCUCGAUCUGAUAUGAUUAAAUAUGACUGUUAGAUAUGAUACAAUUUUAAGCUUCAUCAUCACAAUUUUAAACUGUUUGAGUAUUCCAAAACUUGAAAGAGAAGAAAGUUAAGAAGAGAACAAAACUGUACAUGGUGAUCAGUCUUGAGUUGGGUUUUCUUGAUUUCCUGUUGUGUCUUUCAUCAAUGCAAACAUAGCCUAUGAAGAAAGGGAAAAAAAACCCUCUUGAUGAAUUUCAUAGACAAAUUAUGAUAGCUUGAUUUUUCCUGCAAUGAGGUGCUGUCUUUUCGGGCCUCUAAGAAAGUUACUGCUCAUUCUGGGUUCCUAAUCUUUUGCUCUUAGCCAGGGUGAUCUGGGUAAUCUUGUGUUUCCUGUAUUAGCAUGCAGGACAUCUCUUCCUAAUAUUGUGUCUCAGUUUUUCUGUAUUUCUUGUGAUGGUUUGUGAGUGUGAGAUGCUAAUGGUAGGUGGGAAAGUAAAGUAUGGUAGUGGAAUUUGUGGUAGUGAACUAAUCAUUACAAUGCCACUAUUAAAAAGAAACCCUUCAUGAGUUACCAAUAAUAUGAACAUCACUAUACAGGCAACUAGGAAGAUUAAAAAGGUGAUGUACCAUAAUAGUCAGGCCCCACCACAGCAAAUUCAAUUAUCAAGCACUCUGAUUUUGACUUUGAAUGGACCUACUAUUGAUGCCAAUCAGACUGAUAGUGAUUUGUUCACGCGGAUUUGUUAUCUUUUUCCUUUUGAAACAUAGACAAUUUAUUCCACACUUGAAUGUGAAUGCGAGGUGAUGCUGAAUACUGUGACAAGGUCAUUAUUGGUUCACUUGAAGGUCGUCUUUAAUCUAUUCUUGUUCCAUCUGUGAGCUCUGCUUUUCAAUAUUCCUUGAGCAUCAUCCACAUGGUCAAGCCACUAGAUAUACAGCAACUAUAACCGUUAUUUAACCAUUGAUGGAAUGUAGAGAAGCAGGCGGUGAUUAAAUAACUAACCCUUGAGCUGUUGUAUAAAAUUGUUCUGCUUUAAUCUAAAGCUACUGUUGAUUUGGAGCACUUUUGGAAGUAAUGAGACUGUAGCAUUAAGGCAUGAAGGGAUUAGAGCAAACAUAUGAUUUAAUUUCUUUAAGAGAUAGAGCUGUCGGUUCAAAAGUUGAGUGAUCCAUUCUUUGUUAGAAGUAUGUUGGAAGAUUUGAGCCUCUCUCCAUUAGAUUUUGUUGACAGGUUGGGAUUGAUUUGAGUUCUCUUUUGGGAGCAAGAGUUUUCCUUAUUUUUCAUUAAUUAUAUAAUAUAUUUAAUUGCUGUGAAUUGUGAACAUCAACUGGAAAGUAUAGGUGCAAACAGUGGAGUCAAGUGGCAAACCAGGAGGCACUGUGUGUCAAAAGGAGAGAUUGAAGCUAGCCUUUAGAAAUUGGAAAGAUUUGCUUUGUCUUCCACCUACACAUUCAAACAAUGAAAGCUCAACAACCAGUCACUUAAGCAGUCAAAAAUGGUGUGGAUUUAAUAGAUUGAUGAAUCCCUUCCAUUUGUUGUUGAAAUGUAAAGCCAUUACCCAAAUCAGAAAGGGGUUAAGUCAAGAACAUUAAGACAAAUUGGUCCUUCGUCUUGCCACAUUCCAUCAGUCAAAACUUGUGGCAGUAGACAUGGGAAAAGUGGGAAAGAAAAGGCGGAAUGAGAAUGAUAUGCAGGGUAGUGAUAAUAAUGAUGAGGGUGAUUAUUAGUGAGGUUAAAAAAAAUGAUGACACAAAAAAAAGAAAUGGUGGGUGUGAGGAUGAAAUGAAUGAUGACAGCAUGUGCGUGUGCCAUAUACAGGGAGUGACUCAUUCACAUCACCACCACCACCACCACCGCCACCGAAAGCCACAGCUGUGGUGGCCCCUCUAUCUCUCUCUCUCACACACACCCACGCUUGAGGCAUGGGUAGUAAUCAAAAUCCCCUUCAUUAUUACAAGUCUCGUGAGUAAGAUGGUCGGUAUAUUCUUUCUUUCCUUUCCCCCAUGCUAUUGCAACCAUCUUCUCACGUACUUGUAUGAUAGAGAUGUGGCCUUUCCUCUGCUUUUCAUGCUUUCUACCCUUUCUUUCCUCUAUAUCUCUUCAAUUUGUUUUUAUUUGGACAGGCAUGUACAAUGAGUUCUUCUAUUGAUGGGUUCCUUUGAAAGUAAAAUGUAAAUCAUGUUAGCCUUCUAAUAUUCACAUAUAUUCUUUUCAAAAAUAAAUCAUUUGCCAAAAGUAUUUCUAGAUAGUUUUAGAGCAUGUCUCUAGACUAUAUUUUGUUAAAAAACAAUGUCUUGUGAACUAUUUUAGUUAGCUUAGAAGUUGAAGUUAAGCUAUUUUUCCAAGUUAAAAGCUCUUUUUUCUUUUCAAAUUGGCCAAAUGUGAUAAAAGCUUUUAUGAUUCUUAAAGGUUCUCUGGCCUCUUGAAAGGCUAAUUUAGAUAAGGUCUUGUUUUGCCACCAAACCGGCUUUUAUCAUGAGAAAGUUUUGAUUGUUUCAUUUUACAUAUUAAUUUGCUAUUAAUUAAUAAGAAAUUUAAUGUGAUAUUUGAGGGAAAUCAGCUGAAGAUAUCGACAGAUGUUUUUUCUUUUUCUUUUUUUCUUGAUUAUUAGUACUUUGACUAAUGACAGCACAUAGUAUGAUGAGACUGAUGUUUUCCUGUGAGGUCCCAUUUCAAACCAAAAUUAAGGCAGCAAUCAAAAGAUAAGGACAAAUGGUAAAUUCAACUUUUUUGAGAUGAAAACUAGCUGAUUGAGAGAGUGUUUUGUUGUGUGCUUUUUCUUUUCCAUUUUCUGUUCUCUUCCAAAAUCAAAAGAAGAUUGGAUUCUUCACUAUUUGCUUAAUUUCUUUUCUAAAAUCACGCCCCAAAACAAAAGGUAAUUAAAAAAGCUCAACUUGGUUGAAGUUAGAUCAAGGUUGAGGCAAAGCUCUAUUUGGAUGAAGUACAGAUGUCAUUAUGAAAAGUUGGUUUCUGCUUUGAAUUUGAUCACUGUUGUAGCAAGCCUGCUUAUUAGCCUCGUUUAGCAUUCAUUUCUCUGUCAUUUCCAUCAUCAUUGCUCUUUUAGGACUUUGAUUUCUUAGUUUCUCUUUGUUUGAUUUUACUGUAAAGAGUUCACAUGUUUCCAUUUCAAUAGUCUUUUAUGAUCCAUUACUUGGGAUGGGGGAUGAAUAACCAGAUCAUAAAGCCAAAUCCCGAUUACUUAGGCUUUUCUGGGGAUGAAUCUUCGCCGUCAACUAUGUUGAAGUGACAUCUUUGUCGUAUCAUCUCUUGUUGUCUCAACUCAUGUUCCUUGAUUUUAUCUGGUUUUUCACCCCCUACUUUUCUAGUACAGAUAUUGAACAUUCAUCGUACUUACCUUAAGUUAUUAGAAAUAUACCUAAUCCUAGUUUAUGUUGAACUCACUUUAGCAUUAACAUGCUACCUCCCAGGCUCUUCAACCAAAAUAUCCUGAAUUUGGGAUCAUCAUACAAGACGUGUGCUUUUAUUUGGUAAUGCCCAGUAUAAAACACUACACAAUCACUUGUUUAAUUCCUUGAUCUCACUCAAAUUAUGCAGAUAAUAUCUUCAGUCUCCCAAUCUUGUAUCCUAAGUCCUACUUAUCUUGAUUUAAUGUAUAGUACAAACCUGAUGUGAAGCUGUCUCAUUUUACUGAUUUGAGGACUAAGGGCCUCUCAUAUCUUGAUUCUUAGCUGCAAAGAUGUUAAGGCCUAAUAAUCAUAUAUAAAUUCCUCCCACUUUGGCUAGAAAGCUUUCUCUAGAGGUUUGUAGAAAAGCAUGUUUUAUAUAUAAAAAAUUUUUGGCCCACAACAAGGACAUCAGGUACCCAAGCCCCUAGAUCUACUGCAACUCAACCGUUUACCCCUUGGCAAGAUGGAACUUACUAAAUCUACCACAAUGGGAAGCAUUAAUAAUUGCUUCAAGCCUGCUUUAUUUAUUGACAUAGCGAGCAGCGAUUGGGUUCUUGGAAUUUACUUAAUGGAAAUUAAAUUUCUCCCCUUAGCCUGUUUCUUGUGGGGUUUUAGCUCUUUCCUUGUGGGGCUCUCUCAUCAGUCUCAUCAGUCUCUAUAAAUUGAGAAGCUUCCCAAGCCAAAUGAACCAUCAACUCAUCCUCUCUCUCUCUUUCUCUCUCUCUCUCUCUCUUUCAACCAUAUCUGUGAGAGCAAAAAUGAAGGUAUCAUAUAUUGCAGUUUGUGCCGUACUGGUGCUACUCCUUGCUGAAGCACACAUCACAGUGGCAGUAACAUGCAGCCCCACGGAACUGAGCUCUUGCGUUGGUGCAAUCACAUCAUCAACUCCACCGUCUAAACUAUGCUGUAGCAAGAUCAAGGAACAGAAGCCUUGCCUUUGCCAGUACCUCAAGAACCCCAACCUCAAGAAGUUUGUCAACUCCCCUAAUGCCAGGAAGGUUGCUAGCACUUGUGGGACUCCCAUCCCUAAGUGCUAGAUAACUAGAUUUUAAAUUUUCUUCUCUAUGUCUCUCUUUCUAGAUAUAUAUAUAUAUAUAAAUAUCCUCUGCAUGCAUCUUUCUAUAUAGUUUCAUGGAUAGGUAGAGAGACUAGGGAGAGAAAAAGGUAUUAUAUAUCCGGUGUGGUCUACCACAUACUGGUUGUUGCAGGAGGCUAGUAGCUGUAGUGGAAAUAAUGUUGGGGUCAUGGCUACAUGUCCCUGGCUGAUUUUACUUUUGCUCUGUCUCUCUUGUUCUUCUUUUCUUAUGGCCUUUGGUUACUAGUUGUAAUGAAGGUUUGAAUAUGGAAUUAUCAAAUAAAUCUUUCACUCUC